AUGACCAUCCAGAUAUUGGAGCCGCGCAUCACGGCCCGGCCGCCGUAUACCGUCGAGGUUCCCGGCCAAAAAGACAUCCCUGGCGAGACGAAGGUCCGCCGGCAUCCGCAGUCCGUCCCUGAGCUCAUUAGCAAACCAGCCGAGAACAUCUCGACUCUGUUUGAGCUCGUCACGGUCUCGGUUGAGAAGUAUGGCAACGCCAACAUCAUGGGCUCGCGCCGCCUGCUGCGCACCCAUCAGGAGACGAAGAAGGUCAAGAAGAUGAUCGACGGCGAGGAGCGCGAGGUCGACAAACAGUGGACCUACUUCGAGUUGAGUGCCUACGAAUACAUCACUUACAACGAGUACCUGCGUCGCAUCCUGCAGAUUGGAGCUGGCCUCCGCAAGCUCGGCUUGGCAUCUGGCGAUCGCGUUCACGUCUUCGCCGCCACCAGCGCGAACUGGCUCUCUAUCGCCCACGGCGCUUGCACCCAGUCCAUCUCCAUCGUUACCGCCUACGACACCCUUGGCCAGGAAGGUCUCCGUCAUUCCAUGGUCGCCACCCGUGCAAAGGCCGUCUUCCUCGACCCCCAUCUUCUGCCCACCCUCGGCAACGUGCUUGCCGAUGCUUCCGAGAUCCGCCACGUUAUCUGGAAUGACCAGCACCAGGUCAAGCAGGAACAUAUUGACAAGCUUGUCAAGGCGUUCCCCCACAUCACCGUCCUCAGUCACAGCGAUCUCAUCAAGCUCGGCGAUGAGAGCCCCGUCGACCCUGUGCCGCCAAACGCUGAUGACCUCUGCUGCAUCAUGUACACAUCGGGCUCGACCGGCACCCCGAAGGGCGUUCCGCUGACGCACAAGGCUGUCGUCGCUGCAGUCGCCGGUGUUAGCGUCGUUGUGCAGGCAUACGUUGGCCCGGGCGACGGCCUGCUAACUUAUCUUCCGCUGGCGCACAUCCUCGAGUUCGUCUUCGAGAAUGCGUCCAUCUUCUGGGGCUCGACAAUGGGCUAUGGCAACCCCAAAACUCUGUCCGACACAUCAGUGCGCAACUGCAGUGGUGACAUCAAGGAGUUCCGACCAACCGUCCUCGUCGGCGUCCCGGCCGUGUGGGAAAUGGUCAAGAAGGGCAUUGUCUCCAAGGUCAGCGCUGGCAGCCCGAUAGUACGCUCUCUUUUCUGGGGCGCCAUGUGGGCGAAGACCAACCUCAUGCACCUGGGCCUGCCCGGCUCCGGCGUCUUGGAUGCUGUUGUCUUCAAGAAGAUCAAGGAGGCGACAGGUGGCCGCAUGAAGCUUUGCCUGAACGGCGGUGGUCCGGUGGCCAAGGACACGCAGCGCUUUAUUUCCAUGUCUAUCUGCCCAAUGAUCAGUGGCUACGGUCUGACCGAGACCACCGCCAUGGGCGUGCUGCAGAACCCUGCUGAGUGGACUACCGAUGCUCUGGGCGCCAUGCCAGCGUCUGUAGAGGCCAAGCUGGUAGAUUUCGCCGAUGCUGGCUAUCACGCCACCAACAAGCCGAACCCCCAGGGCGAGGUGUGGCUGCGCGGACCCAGUGUCACGAGCGGCUACUACGAAAACCAGGAGCUGACCGAGGAGGCUAUCACUCCUGACGGCUGGUUCAAGACGGGCGACAUUGGCGAGUUUCUACCCAACGGCCACCUGAAGCUGAUCGACCGCAAGAAGAACCUGAUCAAGACGCUGAACGGCGAAUACAUUGCACUCGAGAAGCUGGAAUCGGUCUACCGGUCGGCCCAGGUUGUGGCAAACAUCUGCUGCUAUGCCGACGAUUCGAAGGCGAAGCCCAUUGCUAUUAUUGUGCCUGCCGAGCCGGCGCUGAAGAAGCUGGCCGAGACAAUUGGUGUGCAGGGACAGAACGUUGAGGAGCUCGUGCACAGCAAGAAGCUGCAGACGGCAGUUCUGAAGGAGAUGCAGGCAGCUGGCCGGCAGGGAGGGCUUUCGGGCAUAGAGAUCAUCGAUGGCGUUGUCCUGUCGGAUGAGGAGUGGACCCCACAGAACGGUUUGGUGACGGCAGCACAGAAGCUGAACCGGCGCGACAUUUUGAAGAAGUACCGCACGGAAGUGGACAGUGCUUAUGCUAUGGCAGCUUCUAGCUAG